AUGGAAAGAGAAUAUGAAAAACGAUUGGAGAAUAACGAAGAAAAAUUUGCAAAACAAAUUGUUGAUUUUGAAAGAAUUUGUAGGAAAAAAGAUGAGGAAAUUGAAGGUAAAAUUUCAAUUCUGAAGUUUUGAAAAAUAUACGGUUUUCAGGUCUUCAUAAUCAAUUAGAAAGAUUUGAAGGAAUUCAAAUCGCACUUGAACAAUCGGAGAAAAAUCAAUUAAUUGAUCAAGAACAUCGAGAAAGAUUAGAAAUCGAAGUAAAAAUGUUAUACAAGAAAAUGGAUGAAUUAGGCGAAGAAAAAACACAAUAUUGUGCAAAAUUGAAAAAUGAAAGAGACAGUUUGGAACAAUCUGUGACACAUCUCAAGUAAGAAUAAUAAAUGUGAUAAUUUAAAGAAUUUAAGUAUUUAGAAAACAGCUUGAAACAACUCCUGAUUCUUUGGCAGAGGUUACAAAACUAAGGAAAACUCUAAAAGAUAUGGUAAGAAUUUUUUUUGUUAAGUACUUGAUAUUUUUUUUUGCAGGAGCGGAAAAGUGCGAAAGAAAAAGAAAAAUAUCAAAGAGCUCUUUCGGAAAUGAAAACAGCUUUGACAAUAAUCGAAAAACAACAAAGAUCGACACAAAACAAAAUUCGCGAGAACUUUGGAAAUGUCACUUUUUAA